GGGCUCAUGAACAGGUCCAGUCCACUCCAACGACAUUCGAUAACUCCUCCCGUCCUCCUGCACGAACUCCCCUCCCUCCUCUCCCGCUCCCCCCGCUCCCGAGUCCCGACCACUCCGCCAGCCACCACCUCCUCCGGCGUUGCCGCCCGCCGGCGACAUGGCCAUCCCCGUCGAGGAGGCCAUCGCCGCCCUCUCCACCUUCUCCCUCGAGACGAGCAGCCAGAUGUGCAGGGAUUAGCUGUGCUCCUUUCAAGUGAAAGAUAUGCAACUAAUAGUCAUAUUGAGUACAGUGAUGUUGCUGCUUAUCGCAUAUCAUUAGGAGAAGAUACAAAAGCAAUCAACCAGCUGGUUUCCAGAAGGAGAUUGUGGAGGCAUGAGCAUAGUGUUGGCAUUUUAUCAAGAAAUAUAAUGUUAUGCUACAGGUCUAAUACGGCUGCCAUGGAGGUGGUGGUGUUUGCAGCUGCUGCGAUUAUACACUAUGGUGUUGAAGACGAUGCGGUGCGGUGGUCCUUAAUCAUGGAGGCGGAGCCACUGUUGGCGAUGAUUUGGGCAAUGCAGCGAUGUCUGAUGUGGUUGUUACUAUCACCGUUGUUGCUGCUGUGAAGUGGCACGAGGGCAAUAGGUUAGGAGGGUUUCCUAGCUUGUUGUCAUUUUGAGUUGUAAUAAUUGAGAUAUGUUCGCUAUUUGAGACUUAAAAAUGUCCUCUUUUUCGAAGAAACAAAAGAAGUCCAAUACGGUGCUUACGACA